GCAAACAUAAAUAACAUUUCUUCCAUUACAAAAUUGAUAUAAAUAGAAUCUUGGUUCCAAAAGGUAAAUAUAAAUUGAAUCUCUUGGUCACGAAACUCCCUAGUCUAGGAGCCACCCCUGAAACUAUCAAUCACUUCACUCUCUGCUCUCUCUGACGCAUUUUCAGCUUCUCAACAAUGGCGGCCCAUUGCUCCACCCUCCUCUUCCUCCUCAAAACCCUCUCCUUUCCCUGUUUCUUCCAAAUCCUCAAACCCCAUUUCCAGAUUCACCCUCCCCUUCUCUCCUCAUCCCCAAAAACCCACUUUCCUCCGCCACCUCCAAAUCUCCAACUCUCUCUCCUCCAAGACCGCCACCACCACCAUCACCACCACUAACCCUCCAGACCCAGAAACCAAAAUUUCCCGAUUUGCCCCUGAGGAGCCCAGAAAAGGCGCCGACGUCCUCGUUGAGGCGCUCGAGCGGCAAGGCGUGACCAAUGUAUUCGCCUACCCUGGCGGCGCGUCCAUGGAGAUCCACCAAGCACUCACGCGCUCCUCCACCAUCCGCAACGUCCUCCCGCGCCACGAACAAGGCGGCGUGUUUGCGGCAGAGGGCUACGCGCGUGCAUCGGGACGUCCCGGCGUGUGCAUUGCAACCUCCGGGCCGGGCGCAACAAACUUGGUCAGCGGCCUCGCCGACGCGCUCAUGGACAGCAUUCCGGUGGUGGCAAUCACCGGCCAAGUUCCCCGAAGAAUGAUUGGUACGGACGCGUUCCAGGAGACCCCAAUUGUUGAGGUAACAAGAUCAAUCACCAAGCACAAUUAUCUUGUUCUUGAUGUAGAGGACAUUCCUAGGGUUGUUAGUGAGGCCUUUUUCUUAGCUACCUCGGGUCGACCCGGCCCCGUGUUGAUUGAUAUACCCAAAGAUGUGCAACAACAGCUUAUGGUUCCCAAUUGGGAUCAACCCAUUAGGUUACCUGGGUAUAUGUCUAGGUUGCCCAAGACCCCAAACGAGGAUCAUUUGGAGCAGAUUGUGAGGUUGGUGUCUGAGUCCAAGAGACCAGUGUUGUAUGUUGGUGGCGGGUGUUUGAACUCCAGUGAGGAGUUAAGGCGGUUCGUGGAGCUUACUGGGAUCCCGGUUGCCAGUACUUUGAUGGGUCUCGGGGCAUACCCGUGCAACGAUGAAGAAUUGUCACUCCAAAUGCUUGGAAUGCAUGGGACUGUUUAUGCUAAUUAUGCUGUGGAUAAGUCUGAUUUAUUGCUCGCAUUUGGGGUGAGGUUUGAUGACCGAGUUACUGGGAAGUUAGAGGCCUUUGCUAGUCGGGCUAAGAUUGUCCACAUUGAUAUUGAUUCGGCAGAGAUUGGAAAGAACAAGCAGCCGCAUGUGUCGGUUUGUGCUGAUGUCAAAUUGGCGUUGGAAGGAUUGAAUAGGAUAUUGGAGGGGAAAGAGAGCAACGUCCAACUUGAUUUUUCGGCUUGGAGGGCAGAGUUGAAAGAGCAGAAAGUGAAGUUUCCAUUGGGCUUCAAGACUUUUGGAGAAUCCAUUUCUCCCCAGAAUGCCAUUCAGGUUCUUGAUGAGUUAACUGAUGGGAAUGCUAUUAUAAGCACUGGUGUUGGGCAGCACCAAAUGUGGGCAGCUCAGUUUUACAAGUAUAAGAGGCCUCGCCAAUGGUUGACAUCUGGGGGAUUAGGAGCUAUGGGUUUUGGAUUGCCUGCUGCUAUUGGGGCUGCUGUUCUUGUUACCUCUAGAUAUAAGGCCAUGUGGAGAGUUUCAAACUUUCAAGUUCUGGUUCCUACUUACAUGCCAAAUCCUUGA